AUGGCUUCUCAUCUAGUCAGCAGCGCCACAAAAUACGUAAUAGACUCGCACAUCCACCUGUACGCAGCAUCACACAUCCCGUCGCUGAACUGGGCACGCGAUCUCGCCAAAAGCCACCGGCUAAAUAGACAGUACUCGCUCGAUGAGUACCGCGCCGCCACACAGGACCACUCUGAAGAACUACGAGGCUUCGUCUUCCUCGAGACAGACCGCAAAUCAGGUCUCCCAGAUACUCAAUGGCAGGACGCCCUCGCAGAAGUCGACUUUUUGGUCCGAAUCGCCCGAGGCAACCCUCGAGAAGGCGAAGGUCACCAGCCCGAAGACGCCAAGUUAGUCUUGGGAAUUGUGCCGUGGGCACCGGUGCAGGCCGGCAAAGAGGGUCUUGCAAACUACGUUCGACAGGUCCAAGAGCGUGCCGACAAAGAAUGGCCUCUGAUCAAGGGGUUCCGGUAUCUCGUCCAGGAUAAGCCCGCCGGGGUGAUGCUGGAGGAGGAGUUCAUCAGCGGACUGCAAUGGCUGGGAACUCACGGCCUCACAUUCGAUCUGGGAGUCGACGCCCGGUCUGGGGGGAUGUACCAGCUCCAGGAGGCAUGUACGAUGAUGGAGCGGCUCUACACCGACGCCGGCGGCAGUGGGAACGCCCUGAAAAUAGUCAUCAAUCAUUUCUGCAAGCCGAACCUGCGGCUGUCCGCUGCCCAGGAAUCCCCCGCGAGCGGUGACGGGCUCGGCAGCCACCCGGACUUCAUGAGAUGGAAAGAAUGCAUCGAGCAAAUGGCCCGACAUCAGUCGACCUACAUGAAACUUUCGGGCCUUUUCUCGGAACUGCCGGAGCAGGACGAGGCCGAUCCGACGGACGUCGCAGCUCUUGUCGCACGCACGAAACCCUGGGUUGACGUCGUCUUCAGGGCCUUUAGGCCCUCCAGGAUAAUGUUCGGCUCGGACUGGCCAGUGUGUAACGUCGGCGGUCCCGGUAUUGCCAAGUCAUGGAGCCAUUGGCACGCCCUGGUGGAAGCGAUUCUCACUUCGCAGAAUCUGACACCCGACGAGAGGGCACAAAUCUGGUCUGGCACAGCUAUUAAAGCAUACAGCAUUAUACUACCGACAUCUUAA